AUGGAGAAUUUAGGUAUAGUGAAUACUCUUAGGGAUCUAGAGUCCAACAAAGUAAAGAACAGAAGCAAAGCACUUGAUGAUUUGACUUCAACCCUUAAGCAGAGUCCAGAUCUGAUACCUACAAAGCUACUGGGUCCAACAGCGGAGACCCUUGUUUCUCAGAUAACUUUAGAGCACGAAAGAUACUGCGAUUUAUUGGAGAAGCAAGAUUCUAGCCAAUCCAAUAAACUUUCGCUCCAAGAGAAUAAAUUUUCCACGUUAGCAUACGUAUUAAGAUUGUAUGUGGAGAAGACAUGCUCAAGAUUUAAACCCAAGACGGUUAAUCUGCUUCUUUAUGCAUGCCAAGUCUUCAUAUCCGAUAGAAGCAACACAGUUAAACUGUUGCAUCCGAUUUCAAUCCAUUUCUCAUAUACAUUAUUGGCACUAAUACGGUGCAACUUAUUUCAAUUGAAAUAUGGUAGUUUUACUUGGUUUGACGUUACUGAAAAAAUAUGUUCAAUACUGGAAGAAAGAUUUAAAGUUUCAACCAAUGAUAGGAACGUUUCCAAUUUGCUAGAAUGUUUGAGUGAACUGAUAUCGUUGGAUACAAUUCGUCUGAGGGAUGUUUCGGCGGCUACCUACAGAGUGCUUUCAGGAUACUUACAAUUAAGUCAGAAAGAAACUGUUAACACAAGAUUAAUACUGUCACUAGUGAAUCAAUUCAUUGUGAAAUCUCAUAUCCAUCAUGUAAAUCGAUGCAUACAGCUGAUUAGGGCUACUUGGAACCAUGCUCUAGUUAUAGGAUUCGCUAUAAAUACUGACAUUCAAAGGGAAUUAUCAUAUUGUGAUAUAUUCGCGAGUGAACUAAUAGUGAACAAGUUACCUCUAAUGGUGGGACAUGAAGUUCAUGAAGAUGUUACUUCUUUGUUACAGGAAUAUCUGACACAGAGGUUGGUCAAUUUUAAACCAACGAGUUUGACCUUAGAUUGCUUACAGUUGAACGAACGAAGUGAACACAAGGUCGAAUGGUUUGAGUUUUACGAUUUCCAAUUACUAGAGUCGUCAGAUCCACACGAUUGGUUCAACCUUCUGGCAAUCAUAAACCUCAUGCGAAGCUAUUACUGCAUAGCGGGGCCAGAAAAUUUGGCAGUGCAAUUGUUUAAAAGAAGGAAAAUUCAAUCUGGCAUUGCUUCUUUUCUUAAAGACUCUUCAAAACUGGAAGAUUUCAUAUGCAAUGCUUUUGAACAAGGAGAACCAAAUGUUCGACUAUUGGCACUACAAAUAUGUGCAUUUCACAACGCAAACAAUGUUGUCGAUUCCUCAUAUUAUGAACGACUGAAGGAAUUACUAUUACAAGGGUUUGGAGAUGUGAAUUUGACCGGUUGGACUUGCCUAUGUCUCAUUUCAUUAAUAACCCAGAAAGAUUUCUCCCUAGGGGAACAUGAUGUCAAUAGAAUUUUCAAACUUUGUCUGCCAUUGGUCAAAAUACCAAAAUGGUGUCAAUUAUCAUGUGGGUUGCUGGCAACCGCUAUGAAAUAUUCUAAACAUCGUAUAUCAGAUCCAUCAACUUUAAAUCAGAUUCAUGACCUUUACGAAUUAUCGCCUAUCAAUGGUCCCUAUGCGGCUUGUAAUGAAGCCUUCAAAUUUUGGCAAUACCUGGAAAAUUAUGGUAAAGAAUUGCAAUUUAGACAAUCUGAUUCCACAAUGAUUAAACUUUUGGAAUGGUUAAACCAUAAAUGGGAUCAACUGCUACCCCUCGAGCAGCAUCAAGAUAAAUUUUACAUAUUUGUCGCUUGGUUGAGCAAUAGACCUAUACAGCCAGGUAAGGAAGUUGAUGAUUAUUUCCCAAAUUGUCUAUUGUAUGAUUGGAAGUACGGCUCAUGGCAAGAGUAUUAUAAUCUUUGGAUCCAAUACAAGGAAGAAAGAGCGUUCCUUUUACUAAAAGAUCUUCCUAGCAAGCUUCCUAAGAGUAAAGAAGAAGCUACCAGUAUAGCAGCUAUUGCUGUUGAUCGUGUUGCCUUGCACAAACUGUUGUAUCGGUUGUUAGAAACCAUUGAAGGUAACUGCCAUUUCGCCCCGUUGUUACGAUUUAAAUGGAUCAUCCAGAUCCUAAAGGUUAUCAAUUGUUUAGUGGGUGAUUUGUCCUUCUUAUCUUUUAUUGAUGAUUUUCAAAGAUCUGUGGCACUCUUCUUGCAAUCUCUAAAGUUUGAUGAUAGGACAUCAUUUUUGGUAUUUUUCCAUCAGAUUGUAUCUCUUAAAAUGCCUAAUGUAGAGCAUUUGAUAUUUAAUGGAUUGGACAUACAGGAUAUGAUGGUUAAUUUUCGGAAAACUCUAGAUCCGGUAAAUGGUAGAUCUGUUUCUCGUAUUGAUCACAUCGAUGCUAUCGUGGCUCGUGGCUCAGAAGUAAGUGCGACCCAUUCAAUUACCUGUGGCAUGAACCCAUUUUACCGCUAUGAUUUCCAGACAUCCGUUGAGGCCCUUUUACAUGUUCUUGAAGCCCAAAGUGAACCUGUGAGUCGCCGAUUCGAGGCACUUUUAGAUUUCUUAAACGGCUUGAAGACAGAAACUUUCGUCAGUUGCUUAGGUCCAGUAAUAGCAUUUUUUGAAAACAGUACUAAAGGUUAUCUAGAUCCUACCCUGUUAGAACAGUUUACGCAGCUUGCCAGUGAACACUUGCUUAGCAAAGAGUACCUCACUUCCAAUUUGAGUAUGUAUUGGAUGAGCAGUUACUUAGAUGUCAUUAGGCCUCAUUGGAUGAUUAACGGCGGGAGUUCUUUGAAUUCAGACUGUAAUGAUAUUCUGGAUUGGGUGAUUUCAAGAUUUGAAGAUGCUGCCUUUAGUGGAGUAUAUGCGAUAACACGUUUGUCGCAACUUCUUCUGCACAUGUUGAAAUUCCAUGACAUUUCCCGUGUGUGUGUGAAGGGUGGUAAGCAACGGAUUUUUGCAACCUUCAUCGACUGCCUGAAGAAACUUGACAAGGCUACAGUAUUGACUCAAUUGCCUGAAAUUAUCGAUUAUAUGUCAGUCGUUAGCUACAAAAACCAAAAGAUCAUCUUCUCGGAAAUUAAGGAUCUUUUCGAACCCCCGCAACAAAGCAUUGAAUAUACAGCAUUUUACACUUUGGCCAUGUUAAGGUUUUCUUUGUUAUCUUAUUCCAAUCUCAUUCUGGCCCUGCAAAGUAUGAUAGUUUCUUCCAGAUUUGAACAUACGUGCGUAUACAUCAUGACUGCCUUAGAGAAAAUUACUAUAGAAUUGCGAUUAUCCUCCCUCAUGGAUUUGUUCGAUCUUUGUAAAUUUGAUGUAUUUUCGUUCUGGUUCUCUCAGAGCGACAAUUUAUUGGAGGGACAUAAUGCAGGCGGUAAUGCGAGCAAGUGGGAUAUCAGUCUGUUUGGCUUUGAAAGCUUGGAUGAAUUUAAAAAAUCCCAUUACUCAGAUUUAGCGGCCUUUUUAUUUUCUAGAGGUUAUCAGACUUUACCGUUAAUGCAGGAAAUAAAAGAUAUAGUGGGAAAAUCUGACGAACAGCUACUGUGGGAUAGCUAUUAUAUGGCUGUUCCGCUUUCCUAUGUUGAACGAGGAGCAGGAAACCUUAUAUUUACAAUUGGGAAAGAACUGUCGAAUGAUCUCACGAAAUCUUGCAAUCAACUUCUGGUCUAUCGAUGGGUUUUAAAAUACUGUGAUUUUGGGUCUCUUGUAGAUACAGGGUUGAUAUUGGGAAAAUUGUUUCCAAACUCCAAAUUUCUGGCUGACCUCUUCCCGCCGAACGCACAUACUUCUCGUUUCCAAUUCCCGCUACAUAUUCCACCAGAACGUUGGGCAAUACUUCUUCUGAAUUUUCCCCAUCGACCUACUUUCUCAGCGGGCGAGUUGCACUUUUUGAUUCUUUGGAUCCUAACAGAUCUCGAGAUCUCAAAGUUCCAUGAGAUACGGUUGAAUUGCAUCCGUCAAAUAAAAUUUAUCAUUGUUGGUCAUGAGAAGGUCCUUUCUAAUUGUCCUUUUUUUUCAAAUAUUUUGAAGACACUUGCGCGAUACUUGGGAGAUGUGAAGCUUCACCAGGAGGUACUUCAACUGAUCGCUUCUUUCAUAAAAUUGUCUAGCCAAAAUGAUUUAUCAAUUGUCGAUGCUCUUUCCUCGAUUUAUGCGGAAGUUCUCAUAUUUAUGAAAGAUCCUCAAAGGGAGAUUAACGAAUCUUUCAGGAAAUUAUCAAGAUCCAUAGCUAGUCGUCCUAUUCAAUUCUCCAAAACUUGGAAGUUCUGUGAUGAUAUUGUUCAGGGUAUGACUCCAAGUGAGGAUAUUUAUCAAACUGACGAACUUUUGAAAACUGAAGACUGUGGUGUCGAUAAAAUCGUCCUACUGUCUCUGAUGUUUUCAUAUGCUAAAGCGCCAGAUAUCUGUCAGUUAAAGCUUGAACCCACGAAUUUGGCUGUCAGUAAUUUGUUGAAAUAUGAUAUACCGAAGGAGUUUAUCUCGAGAAAUGUAGAACUGUGGACCGCCUACUACUUUGAUUCUUUUGGAUCGGCGCAAGAGACCAGUGAGCUGCUUGAGAAAUCUAAUCUUGCGCAGCAGAAUAUGAGCUUUCGUGACCUUUUCAGUGAGCCAGGUUCCUUGAAUUUUUUAUUCGCAGAAUUUUUCGAUACCUUGGAGGAUAGCUUGAUGCAAGAAUCCUGUCAAGUUCAAUUUUUGUGGGAAUCUGUAUUGGCUUUUCUUUUGAAUAGUUAUAGCUAUGACCAGGAAAACUUCCCACGUAUCAACGAUACUUUCUAUGAAAAAUACAGGAAGAGAUGUGUUCCUAUGGAUAGAGAUUUAUUCACUCUGUUGCAUGGGAAGAUUAAUGCCGUUCAUGAUCUGGAAGCAUUCAUUACAGGUCGUUUCUUAUCGACUACAAUAUCGUACGAUGAGUGGUUAUUAGAGUUCGCUGGAUCUUUAUUGAAAGACUUGUCAUUAAUUCUACCGGACAUUAUGUUGUUUUAUCAUUUGUGCUCAGCAUCUCGAAAAUUCACUGAAGGUAUUUUAACUAUUCUUUUUAAUCUGGUUAUGUUUCAUAAUCCAAGAAGAGGGGUUGAUUGGGCGGUUAGGAUUGUUUCUCAGAUGGAAAAGUUAUUGAAAACCGAUCAUGCUGCUGAAAAGACGAGAGCUAUCCUUAAAAUUAUUAGCAUGUUGAGAUCUGGUUAUAGGCUAAAUGAAAGGCAAUGUGCUUCUGCCUAUUCUUCUUUACCUCUUAAGUUAGUUUGUGAAUCUGCUUUGCGAACGGGGCAGGUAACAUUCAGUUAUAUGCUAUUUGAAGAGUUUUCUAUGAAUGAUAUGGGGACAUUGGACACGGUUACAUUGGGUGCUAUCUAUGAAUCACUUGGAGAUGUUGAUCUCAUGGCGGGUUUGCCAACGCCUCACACACUUGCAGGAGCACUUCACUCUAUUAAUAAAACUGAGCAAAACACUUGGAAAAGCUUCUUGAUCAAUAAUGCUAAUUUCAAUGCAAAUUAUAGCAAUCAACUGAAUUCAGGUCGAAUGCCCUUGCUGAAGGCCACAGAGUCUCUGGACUUUUACGGAUUGGCUUCUUUCCUGGGUGAAGAUGAUUGUCCUCAACAGUCUCGUGAUCCCUAUAAAUGGGCGCUACAGCUAGGGAACUGGAAUAUUCCUUCGCCUGAAUUUAUUGAUACCAAGGAGAAGGGGUUGUAUUAUAGCUUGAAGAAGGUAUUACAUGAGGAUGCUCAACCGUUCAAGAGUUUAGAAGAUUCUUUGGUGACACUUGUGAAAGGGAGGAAGGAUUUCAAUUCUCAAGCAGAGUGGGUGGACACGAUUUCGAAUGUUUCGUUGCUACAACGACUUGCUGUUAGUCUGAAAACGGGUGAUGAUACCGUAAUAAUGUUGAAGGCUCUUCUAGCCCAAGAUGAAGAAAAAUUGCAGAUAUUUGACUUCGAAGAUUAUAAGCCCUGCCUACAAGCUAAACACUUAUUGUCUUCCAUAAUAUCUGAUGAAAUCUGGAAAGCUCACCCUAACAAGUCGUUGGAUAUUAAAGUGAUGACUGCAAUACAGCUGGCCAAUGAUGUGAAGUAUAGUAUUGAGAAUAAAUCUACCCAAGAUGCCUUGAGAUAUGCAUUUUUGAUAGAAAAUUUACUGGAAUCGGUUAGAACAUUGGACGGUCGUGCUCCAAUUUUGCCCUCUCUGGAAAGAUUGGGAUCAUUUGUGUCGGCGGAGGCUCUCUGGGAGUGUAAAGAAUUCAAGACACCUGUUCGUAUUCUUGAGGACCUUUUGCAUCACCAAAGUGACCCUGUUCUGAAUGGCAAAAUUUCAGAAGUGAAUGGUCUUCUCGAAGUUCCAGACGAUUAUAUUCAAGCAAUGCUUGUCAAGUGGACUUCUGAAUCACGUUUGGAAACUGCAUCUGUCAUAUUUGAGAAAUACAUUAGGAAUUUUGAAGCUAAAGUAAAGGACCAUGACAUGCGUGCGAAGAUGUUCUAUAUUUUGGGUAAUUUCCUUAACGAUCAAGCACAAAGGUUACAAGCAAGUAGAGAAAUUGAAGAGAGACAACGUCGUUGUGAUAGGCAAGUUAAUGAGUCCAAUGCAUUGGAAAUGAUCUAUAAAAAUUCUAACCUGUCAGAAAACGAACGUAAAGAUGCAAAGAGACAUUAUCUGAAGGUACGUAUGCAGCUAGAAAACGACAUGGAAUUAUUGGAUAGUUUGAAGUCACAAAGGAUGCAGUUUGUAUCCAAGGCAUUGCAUUACUACCUAAAUACUCUGGUUUUCACGAAUAAGUUUGAUGACGAUGUGUUGGACAAAUUCUGUGGAUUAUGGUUCGAAUAUGAUGGCGUCGAUGAUGUUAAUAGUUUACUUUUGAAAGAAAUUGGGUCGGUCCCUAGCUGGAAGUUCCUACCUUGGGUCAACCAAAUCGCUUCUAAAUUGUCUACAGAACAAACUAAGUUCCAAAGGCCGUUGCAAUUGACUAUGAAACGACUUCUUUUCAAGCUACCAUACGAUUCUCUCUACUCAGUCAUGUCAAUUUUAUUUUAUGAUAAGCGAUCAGCUAAUUUAGAUCAACGUAUUUCACAGAAGGUCGAAGCUGUUGAGAAUCUCUUGAAAGAACUACAAGGGUUUGAAAAGGGAAAUUAUUACAAAAAGUACGUUAUACCCGUCAAAGACUUUUGUGAGAUGUCAGUGGAACUUGCAAACACCAGGGUCGAACUGAACUCUAAAUUUCCUAGAACCCUGCAUCUCUCUGAUUUAAAGGUUGGUCAGUACUGGCUAAAAAUUCUACCGGAACAAAAGUUACCUCUUCCAACAAUGCACUUUCCCAUACGAAGUUCUAGUGACGGUAAAAUGACAAGACCUUACAUUACUUCUGCGAUAGAGACUGUCGAUAUAUCCUCCACGGGUAUCUCUUUGCCCAAGAUUGUGACUUUCCAAAUUUCAGAUGGUCUUAAACGUAAAGUAUUAAUGAAAGGUAGUAACGAUGAUUUACGACAAGAUGCAAUCAUGGAGCAGGUGUUCGGUCAAGUGAAUAAAAUUCUUCAAAAGGACAAGCAGAUGCGUAAGUUAGACUUGAACAUUAGUACUUAUGAAGUGAUCCCUCUGGGUCCGAACGCCGGAAUAAUUGAAUAUGUGGCUCAUUCUGUGUCAUUAAAUCAGAUAUUGGUAGUAUUGCAUAGAAAUGAUCCUGUAUCCUUUGAUCAGGCAAGGAAAAAGAUGAAAGCGGUUCAGAACAGAUCUAAAGAUGAACGUAUAAGGACUUAUAACAAAUUGACUGAGGUUAUUAAACCACAAUUACGCAAUUUCUUUUUUGAUUAUUUUUCUGAACCACAGGAAUGGUUAGAUGUUAAAAAGACUUAUACAAAGGGCAUCGCAGCUUCAUCUAUUGUCGGUCAUAUUCUGGGUUUGGGUGAUCGCCAUUUGAAUAACAUUUUACUCGAUUAUUCUACUGGUAAACCAAUCCAUAUUGAUUUGGGUGUAGCAUUUGAUCAGGGACGUUUAUUACCUAUUCCUGAGUUGGUACCAUUUAGGCUUACAAGAGAUGUUGUAGAUGGAUUUGGUAUAACUGGAAUCGAGGGUUUAUUCAGAAGGAGUUGUGAAACUACAUAUUCUGUUCUAAGGGAAAAUUAUGAAAAAGUCAUGCAUGUUCUCAAUAUUUUGAAAUGGGAUCCAUUGUACUCCUGGGUCAUGUCACCAGUUAGGCGCCAUAGACAUCUUUUGGAAGAAGAUAGUCAAACUUUUGGUAGUGUUAAUUUAGAGGAAGGAGACUCUGCGUCGGAACUUGAAGAGAACCAAGAGUCAUACAGAGCACUCAAAAGUGUAGAGGAAAAAUUGAUUGGCAAUGGGCUAAGUGUCGAGGCCACUAUUCAAGAAUUGAUUCAACAAGCAACUGAUGUUGAAAACUUAGCAUUAAUUUACAUGGGAUGGUCACCAUUCUAUUGA